AAUGAGCUGACCAUACACCCUAACGUCACCAAUACAUUAGCCAAUCGAAUGUCUUGUAGCUGACUCCAGACCCUGCUCCAGACCCAUCUUUGACAGCCAACGUAAGGGCGCAGAAAAGCGAAACCUCAAAACAUGUCGGUCUUCCAGUGACUGUACGUUGUAUUUCCCACAUUCCCAGCAUGUCAGUGAGCGUUUAGGUUUAAACGUUGUGACUGUGUAAUUUUGUAAAAGGGUCGACACACGAGAUGGAAACUCUUAUUCCCAUCAUUAACAGACUGCAGGAGGUUUUCCUCACAGUUGGAGCCGAGAUCAUCCAGCUUCCUCAGAUCGUAGUCGUGGGAUCACAGAGCAGUGGAAAGAGCUCAGUAUUGGAGAGUUUGGUUGGACGAGAUUUCUUGCCCCGAGGUUCAGGAAUAGUGACGCGACGCCCUCUGGUGUUACAGCUGGUGAAUGUGCCAUCGCUGGAGGAGAGGCGCAAGCAAGACAACGGAAAUGGGGCUAAACAAAACUCUCAAAACACCUAUCCAGGUAUCAAAGCAGAGGAAUGGGGCACAUUCCUUCACUGCAAAAACCAGAUUUUCACCGAUUUCAGUGAAAUCCGGAAAGAGAUUGAGGAUGAAACGGAUCGCAAUACCGAAAAUAAGGGCAUCAGUCCAGAGCCCAUUUACCUAAAGAUCUAUUCCCCAAACGUGCUCAGUCUGACGUUGGUCGACUUGCCUGGGAUCACUAAGGUCCCGGUUGGGGACCAGCCUGAAGAUAUCGAGACUCAAGUCCAAGAGAUGAUUUUGUCCUACAUCUCCAACCCCAACUCUCUCAUCCUGUGUGUAUCUCCCGCCAACUCUGACCUCGCCACAUCUGAUGCCCUUAAACUGGCACGUGACGUGGACCCAGAUGGUCACAGGACGCUGCUUGUCGUGAGUAAGCUGGAUUUGAUGGACGCUGGGACAGAUGCUCUGGAGGUGCUGCUGGGCCGCGUCAUACCAGUCAGACUGGGCAUUAUUGGUGUGGUUAACAGGAGCCAGCAUGACUUGAACACCCAAAAGUGUCUCACUGACUCCUGCAAAGACGAGCAGGCGUUUCUUCAGCGCCAUUACCCGUCAUUAGCCUCCCGCUGCGGCUCUCGAUACCUGGCUCGCACCCUGAGCCGACUGCUAAUGCAUCACAUCAGAGACUGCCUCCCCGAGCUCAAGACACGAGUCACGGUGCUCGCCGCCCAGUACCAGUCCCGACUCAACAGCUAUGGGCAGCCUGUGGAAGACCACAGCGCCACCUUGCUGCAGAUCGUCACCAAGUUCGCCACCGACUACUGCAGCACCAUCGAAGGCACUGCCAGGCACAUCCAGACCUCUGAAUUGUGUGGAGGAGCUCGGAUCUGUUAUAUAUUCCACGAGACAUUUGGAAGAACCCUGCAGUCAAUUGACCCACUGGGAGGACUCACUGAGCUAGAUAUUCUCACAGCUAUUCGAAACGCUACGGGUCCUCGGCCAGCGCUGUUUGUUCCUGAGAUCAGCUUUGAGCUGCUGGUGAAGAAACAGAUCAAGAGACUGGAGGAGCCCAGUAUGCGCUGUGUGGAGCUCGUACACGAGGAGCUUCAGAGGAUCAUCCAGCACUGCUCGGCCUACAGCACACAGGAGCUUUUGCGGUUUCCCAAACUACAUGAUUCAAUAGUGGAAGUGGUUACCAGCUUACUCAGGAAACGUCUGCCCAUUACCAAUGAGAUGGUUCAUAAUCUAGUUGCAAUCGAGUUGGCCUACAUAAACACCAAACAUCCUGAUUUCACAGACGCUGCCCAAGUGUCUGCAUCUGUCAACAGCCAGCAGGCCGAGGCAGGGGAUGGAGGGAAGCGAUGGAAGAACGAGAAGAUGCCGUCAGAGGAGAAAGGCCCCGUGCCUGGGUUUGGAAGCCCCACCAAAGCCGUCAACCUGUUGGACACGGCCGUGCCAAUAUCCCGCAAACUAAGCACACGAGAGCAGAGGGACUGCGAGGUCAUCCAACGGCUCAUCAAGUGCUACUUCCUGAUCGUGCGCAAGAGCAUCCAGGACAGUGUGCCAAAGACGGUGAUGCAUUUCCUGGUGAAUUUCGUGAAAGAGAAUCUGCAGAGUGAGCUGGUCGGACAGCUCUACAAACAGCGUCUUCUACAGGAACUGCUCAUCGAGUCUCAGGAAACCGCUCAGCAGCGCACAGAGGUUGCACAGAUGCUGGAGGCCCUCAAGAAAGCCAGUAACAUCAUCUCAGAGAUCCGGGAGACUCAUCUUUGGUAGCCAAACGUUCUCUUGAACAUUCUGUCCAGGAAAGUGUUUAUAUGUUUGUGCGUGCGGUAUGUGUGAGUGAACGACAUAAUUCAAAUAUCUGGAGAAAUUCAAUGCCUCUGCCAGCAUGAACAUUCAACAAAAUCUGUACAGUUUUUCCAAAUGCUCUUUAUUUCUACUGUAUAUGCACUGAUUACAUAACUCUGUGUGUGUGCGCGCACGGUAGCUCAGAUAAAGUCAACAUAUCAAGUCCAUGUCAUUUUCUUCAACAUUUUUUCUUAAAAUGUUUUUCGAGACUAUGACAAUACCUCUUUCUUUUAAUAUUAUACGAAUUGAGCUGGUACUAAGGUCGUCUUAACACCAAAUCGAGCUCUUAUAAACUCACAUGACUGAAAACGGGAAAAAAAAAAAUUCUAAUUCUUUUCAUAAUUGACUCACCAUGUUAUUCAUAACCUGUGUGACGUCCUACUGUAUCUGCUAUAGAACAUUGGAGAUGUUUUGAAGAAUGUCCACGCUGCUUUUUAUAUUCAGUGAAAACAUUUUGUGCAUUCAAGCUCCAAAAUGGACUACAAGCAUCAUAAAGGCACCAUAAAUCAUCUUAAAACUAGUCUAUCCGUGACAUUCAAUAGUUUUUGUAAGGGACAGACUGAUAUCUAAGCCAUUAUUCACUGAAUGUGGAUGUGGAAUGACAUGGAAUGACUGUGUGUGAGUAAUUAAUAACAGAUAUUCUUUUGAGUCAACUACUUCAUUAAUAUGCUGUAAAUAUGAUGUUAUUUAAGUGGUGUCCAGCUUUACAGUAAAUCUAGAACCGCUCCUUUAUUAGAUUCGGUCGAAUUCAUGUGUGCUUGUAUGGUUGUACACAACCGUGCAUAAGAACUUAAAGGAGUAGUUCACUUUUU